AUGGUCCCCUUUACCAAAAACAAAUUAUUUAUUUUUCAAGUACAACAUCAUUCAAGCUGUGUGAUGACCUUGCAAUCCUUUUCAUACGAAAUGCGAUUUAUGAUUCAUCAACCCUGCUCCUUCUCUCGGCGCAACUUGCCCGUUUUUACCGAUCACAUGCUCAGCCAUGAUACUUUGAUCGUUCCACCACCCAACAAUGCAUUCCUUUCGUUUUACCCGUCAAACACUCAUCCUGUCACGCACAUUCCUUUCACGGCACCCUCCACGUUCGGCAAAAGGUGCAGUUUUUCAUGCCCCUAUGUUCAAACUGCACUCUUCAGCAACAACCCUGCCACAACGGACCAACCACUCGCACAAACUGUUCUCACCCGCUCGGUCCGUCAUCGGUGCUCACAAAUCAGCGCUGAUCCCUUUAAACAUGCAGACUGCGUUUCCUAA